AUGUCUGCAGCUGGGAAGAUUGGAGGCGUUGUCCGCUAUGGCCUUCCAAAGCGAGGGUUGCUCCGGGCAGCAUGCGCUGACCAGCUGGGUACACUGCUUGCCAGUGUGGGAGCAACGCACGUGCCGGGGCAGACGCAGGUGCUUCUUAAUCAGUCUGUCCUGCCGCUGACAAUGCUGCUGUCCUUAGUGUUGGGACGCAGAUAUGGCCUGCAGCACUUCUUGGGUGCAGCUUUGGUCUUGGCAGGCGCAGCUACUGCUGUUCACCACCAGCCUGUCGCACAGGUCAGCCAAAAUGACCUAUCGUGGAGAAGUUUAGUCAUGUUUUGCAUGGCGCAGGUCGCGGUUGCUGCAGCCACAUUGAUCAAGGAGGUGCUGCUGUCGCGAACCAGCAGUGACGAUGUGGCGGAGAGCAUGGCUGUUGGUAUUGCCAUCGCGUGGAGGCGUGUGCCAAUGGGAGUCUUUUUGGCGCUGUUGAUGCCAAGGCACUUUGGCGAAGGCCUGGGGAGAGAUCUUUGGGAUGGACUGCUGUGCUUCUGCGGCAUGCAGCCACGAGAAGGCGACACAGGAUGUCCAUGGGCUCCUCCUACCACUCUCAUCAGCGUCAUGCUCUAUGCCAUUCAGACCUUCCUUUGCUUGAGGCUGACACAGCAGAAGGGAGCUACAAUUCGUAGCAUUGCGGCUGUAACAGCAGUGCCGUUGGCACAGCUCCUCUUUAGUCGAGAAGGAGAUGUGGCAGAGGAUAUGCUGGAGCGGCGAGAGCAGACCAGCAAUCAGAAGCUGGAAGAAUUGGACAGCAAAAUGGAAGCGGUUGUUGGAUGGGCGAAAGCCGGAUAUGUGGACUUCAGCAAGAUUGACUUCACCCCGCUCUUGGAUGAGAUGCGGUUCAAUGAGACACUCCAUUCAGAAAGCACUCGCCAGUUAUCUCAGCGCUUUGAUGAGAGCUUUGUUCUAUUGAGCAGUGCGUUGGAUAAGCUGGCGGUCAAAGCAGAUGACGGGGACGAAAAGAUUCGCGCCCUCACAGCCAGGGUGGAGAAAUCUGAAGAAAAGCUAUCGGAGGUCUCCGAAAUGGUUGGAAGGAGUCAACGAGAGAUAUCCGAGAAGCUGAGUGAUGUUUUACAUGAAGGUGCUCACAGUGCAGAGACGUUAGCUUCUCGCUUUGACUCCACACUGGAGCCAGUUGCAGGAAGCACGAAGGCAAUCAAAGACGAUCUUCGUCAAAUCUUCGAUCGUUUGGGGUCUGACACCAAUGCAGUGUUGAACGAGAUUGGGAAGAUUCAACAAGCCAUGAACCUGGACUUUGUGAGGACGGAUGGUGAUGACACUUGGGGAAUGGGGCAGUCAGCUGCAGUGUCCGUGCCCAUGAGCAUCCUCACAGGUCGCAACCAAUCUGAUAAGCAUGCUCCAAAGCGAGUUCGUGUCAGAGAGUUUUUCUCUCAGACAGAUGAAGUGGAACAGCAGGAGAAGAUGACUCAGACCGAUCCCAAAAUGCAGACCGUGGUUCAGAAGAAGGAGAAGAUAUUUGAGAAAAGAGGUUCGAAGAAGAUGGUCAAACUGGAGACAAAGAACAAGAAUGAAGGAAAGCUGGCAGCCUCUCGCACCAGAGGUUUCAAUGAUCCUGAUCAACUUAAGCAGAAAGCCAGACAAGCUUUGAUAAAACCUCCAUACAAUGUAUUUGACUACUAUCAUGAAGAAGGGCUGUUUCAACAGAUUGCCCGGAGUAUAAUCUUCGACUACUUGAGCCUCACCAUGGUUUGUUUGAAUGCAAUUUGGAUUGCCAUUGAUGCUGAUUUAAACGACGCUGCUGUUAUCACAAGCUCACCUCCAAUCUUCAUCGUGGUGGAAAAUCUCUUUUGCACCUACUUUUUUGCGGAAGUCUUUAUCCGCUUUAUGGCCUUUGCAGAGAAGUACCGUGCUCUGCGAGACAGAUGGUUUGUCUUCGAUUCUUGCUUGGUCUUUUUCAUGGUCUUGGAGACCUGGGUCACGCCGAUUAUUGUCCUUGGCUUCAACAUUGAUCUUGCCAAUUCUCUAGACCUUUCCACUUUGAGAAUGUUCCGCAUGGUGAAACUGCUUCGUUUGUCGCGAAUGGCAAAGCUGAUGCACGCCGUGCCUGAGCUGACUAUCAUCCUGAAGGGCAUCAAGCUCGCGCUACGAUCCGUUCUGGUGUUUUUUCUAUUCUGGGCGAUGGUGGUCUAUGUUUUCGCUCUGAUCCUGCGCCAGCUAACGGAAGGCGACAGCGUUGGUUUGCAAUACUUCAGCAAUGUUCCACACUCGGUGAACAAUCUUCUACUGUACGGUAUCAUUCCAGAUCAGCGGGACCUGGUGGAUGCCGCCACGACGGUCGGUGCAUGGAUGUGGCCAUUGAUUGUGUGCUUUUUCUUCUUUGUAUCGAUCACUAUCAUGUACAUGCUUGUUGGAGUUCUAGUUGAUGUGAUGCGGGUCACUUCCCAAACAGAGAAAGAAGGCAUCACAAUCACUUAUUUAGCCCAAGAAUUUCGAGAAAAGAUGGAGCAGCUGAGUUGUAAUCCUGACGAACCGAUUUCCCAGUUCGAGUUUCAGAAACUGCUUCUGGAGCCUGAAAUUGCCUUGGUUUUGGCUGGAGAAGGGGUUGAUGUGAUCGCCUUGGUUGACAGCCUAGACAUGAUCUAUGAAGAUGUCAGCAAAAGCGGCAAAGACGGCUUGGACUUUGCGGCUGCAAUGGAUUUGAUCCUGAACAUGCGAGGGAACAACCCUGCUACCGUCAAGGAUGUGAAGGAGCAACUCCGCAUCGUGAAGUCCUUAGUGAAGACGUCUCAAUUCACCAUUGUCGACAAGAUGAAUUCUGAGUUCACUCAUAUGCAGUCACUCCUGAAAGAGUUGAGGGAGGAAGCUCUGCAGAGAGAGAUUCAAGGAGAGUUAGAUGAGGAAGAUGUCGACUUUCUAAAGCCUCUACCCACUUCUCCCAAAUCCGUUGGCUUGCAGUGA